CGUGCAGUCUGCCUCUUUCACCCGGCCGGGCCGCGGCUGUUUUCAGCCUCCACCUGCCGCCGACAUGCCGGAGUUUCUGGAAGACCCGUCCGUGCUCACCAAAGACAAGCUAAAGUCCGAGCUGCUGGCCCACAACGUGGAGCUGCCGAGCGGAAACCCCAACAAGGACGUGUUCGUACUGCUGUACCUGAACAACCUGACCGUCMGGAACAAGAACCAGCCUAAGCUCACCGUGGACGGCUUCUCCAGCGACGAGGAGUUGCCUCCGCCCGUAGUGUCCGGCAGGAGUCGGUCCUCCGGAAAGAAAUCCAGCAGGAAUUCAGAGAAGAUUGAGAUGAAAGAGCCAGAUGUGACCGCACUGACUGACGAGGGGCUACGGGACGAGCUGCUGAAACAUGGAGUGGUUGUUGGGCCCAUUGUAGCUUCCACUCGUAAGUUGUAUGAAAAGAAGCUGCAGAAGCUGCUUGAUGGUCCUGCUCAGCUGCCUCAGGUCAACCACAACGGAAACCAUGAAUCCACCGUCUACAGCGAUGAGGAUGAAGUGAUAUCAGAACCAGAACCCGAGACCGAAGCAGAACCAGAGCCAGCGCCUCCUCCAGUGCUGGAGAGAGCAGUGAGGAGCAGAGGGAAGAACUCCUCCAUCAUCAUCCAGCAGCAAGAGGUUGAGAAGAUCUCAGCCAGAGAUCAAAGUUCUAAAGGAGGGGAGAAGGAUGUACUGAAGGAGCUGUUUCCAAACGAGGCUAAUGGUCCAACAGGGCUCAGUGUCACCAGUCGACGYGCUAUCAGAGGAGCAUCCAGACUCCCGGUGACCCCCAAUGACCUUGGGUUURAYGAGAACCACCUUCUGUCUCCAAAAACCACAAAGACCAGCAGCUCCUCUCACACAGAGAUCCAUACAGUCCACCGAGUGUCCAGCACGCCUUCCUCCUUCUCUUCCUCCUCCUCCUCUUCCUCCUCUUCCAUCCUGCCUCUUUCUGGCUCCUGCCCCCCCUCCAAGCUCUGUAGUGCAGCGCCCCCCACAGGUCAGAGCAAAGUGGUGCGCAGCAGCUCKUCUCCAUGGAUGAAGCUGGCUCUGCUGGGCUGCGUGGCUUUGUUCCUCUUCCUGGUUUACCAGACCAUGGAGCCCGGCUCCUCUGGAGCUUUGGGGAAAUAAGAUGGGAGUGGUGUUUGGGGGGCUUCUGUCUCAUCAGUUUUUAAGUGUGAAACUGCAGUGUAGCUGUUUAGUUUCUAAUCUCACUGAGGUUUAUUUUUGUACAUAUUGUUUCCUCUGAGAUGUGAGCAGAAGUGAUAAAAUCACUUCAGUUCUCAAAGAUCUGUUAUACAAAGUAAAUCCUCUGGUGCUSUUUUUGUUCUUCUUCUCCUGAUGGGCUCACAGAAAAGUUGUUUUAUUGUACCUGUGUGGUUUGUGACUAAGUUUUCUAGUUCUGACCAUUUAUUAGAGUAACAAAUCAUUGAUAUUUUUAAAGUACUUUUAUAUAUUUUCAUAAUGUCUUUUAUCAAUAAAUAUCAUUGUAUUCCACUGAGCUGUUCUGCAUAUUUUUAUACAAUAAACCCUUCUUUUUGUUUUUCAGUUAGGAAGUUCCAUGUUCUGCUGGCAUUUGCUUUUUUUGGUUUAUUAUUACUGGCAAUGGGUGUAAUUUGUGGGUGGCUUAGUGGGGUUAUGACCCCCCACAAUAACUUGAUCCACUCAAUAUAUAACAACCCCAAUAAAAUUACAUCAUUUGCUUGAAAACAACAGAAAUUAA